AAUUAAUUUAAAAAGCAGUGAGAAAAUGGGAAGUAUAGCAAAAUCAAAAGCUGAUUCUUGGUGUAUUAUGAUUGAUUCUUUCCAUAUAUUAUUUAAAUAAUAUUUAUCCCGUAUUUUCAACGUUUCAUCUCUAUAAAUACAGAGUCUUCUCUCCCUUUAUAUUGCAGAAGUUGAAACAUUUGAAAGAUUUUAUUUUAUUUUAUUUUAGGUCUUAAUAUAUUUUCGGUAGUAGGUGAGUAAUUAGUUUGUGGGAUUUUCUUGGUUUUGUUAUUUUCAUGAUUUAAGUUGUUUGAAUUCUCUGAUUUUUGUGGAAAUGGUGGGAGCUAACUUGAGUUGAAUUUACAGAAGUUGAAACAUUUUUGGAGGAUUAAUUAGUUGUUACAACGUAAAAGAGUGAUGGCGGUGAAGACGAAUGGAUUUGUGGAGGGAAUUUGGCCGGAGGGAUUGAGGAAGCUGCUGAUGUCGCUUGCUUCGAGUUGGGGCGAAGUGUUUGAUGUUGAGGGUUUGAAGGUGGUUCAUUUGAGUGGUGCUAUGACUAAUGUGGUGUAUAGACUUAGUUGGCCUAUUAAGAAGGUUGAUGGAGAAGAUUGUGGCGGUGGAGUGAGGACGGUUUUGGUUCGGGUUUAUGGGGAUGGGCUUGAUCUGUUUUUCAACCGGGAGGAGGAGAUUAGGACGUUCGAGUGCUUGUCGGAGCAUGGUUAUGGGCCUAAGCUCUUGGGGCAUUUCAAAGUGGGAAGAGUUGAGGAGUUCAUCUAUGCAAGGACUCUAUCAUCUGCUGAUCUCCGCAACCCGGAAACGUCUGCCCUCAUAGCAGCGAAGAUGAGGGAUUUCCACGAGCUCGAAAUGCCACCUCCAAAAGAGCCACUCCUAUGGAACAGACUGAGAAACUGGCUAUCCGAGGCCAAGAGCCUGUGCUCCCCCGGUGAUGCCAAUGAGUACAAACUACACAUCUUGGAGCAAGAAAUCACCCUGCUAGAGGAAGCCAUAUCAAUGGAUCACCAAGAAAUCGGCUUCUGCCACAACGAUAUGCAGUACGGGAACAUCAUGAUCGAUGACAACGACUCAACCAUAACUAUAAUCGAUUAUGAAUAUGCAAGCUAUAAUCCUAUAGCAUAUGACAUUGCGAAUCAUUUUUGUGAAAUGGCUGCAAAUUACCACACUGAUACACCUCACACAUUGGACUACACCAAAUAUCCAGGUGAAGAAGAGAGGAAGAGAUUCAUAAGGAAAUAUCUGAGCUCUUCAGGAAAAGAAGAAGCCAGUGAGACAUCAGUAGAUCAGCUAGCAGAUGAUGUGGAGAGAUACACUCUAGCAAACCACCUCUUCUGGGGGCUGUGGGGACUGAUCUCGGCAUAUGUGAGCCACAUUGAGUUUGAUUACAAGGAGUAUGCAAGGCAGAGGUUUGAACAAUACUGGUUGAGAAAGCCGGCAAUCUUGAAAGGCGGAGGCGGGGCCGACACGACGCAUGCAAACUCGGCAAGUGAUGUGUAGCAAGAGCCAAGAAAGUGUUCAUUCUUGAACCCCUUCUUUUUCUCAAAAAUUGUGUAUUGUAUAGUGAUACUAUAAUUUAAGUGUUCAAUCUAUACAUAUUGUGUUUAGUAGUUUUGAUAAUGAAUUGCACUUCAGAUAUUUCUAA